AUGAACCGACCAGCUACUACCCUUCAAUUACAACCAGUAAAUUCAGUUGAGGAACUGUUUGAAAAAUUUGCGCCAAUUUUCGAGCCAAAAAUUGGAUGCGUUCCAAACUUUACAGUAUCAUUACAUCUUCGAUCAGGAGCAAAGCCUAUUUUCAAUCGUGAACGGAACGUACCUCAUGCUCUUAUUGAUCAGGUCAACAAGGAACUAGAUUUACUUGAAAAUGAAGGAAUCAUUUCGCCUGUUACGUCAAGUGAUUGGGGGUCACCACUAGUCGUGAUACCUAAGGCAGAUGGAAGUGUUCGUCUCUGUGUCGACUACAAAUGUGGUGUGAAUGAACGAAUAGUCCAGGCAAACCAUCCUAUUCGAAAAAUUGACGAUGUACUCGAUAGUUUGAGAGGAUCUCGUUACUUUUGUAAACUUGAUCUGUACAAAGCUUAUCUGCACCUCAAGGUCGACGAAGAGUCCAGUAUUAUCCAGACAAUGUCAACACACCGUGGAACAUAUCGUGUCAAUCGUCUAAGUUUCGGAAUAAAGACAGCACCUUCUGAAUUCAACCGAAUUCUUACACAAAUUUUGAAGGGGUUGCCUAAAACCGAGGCCUACUUUGAUGACAUAAUUUGCCAUGGCUCAACAAUGGAUGAGUGCAAAAGAAAUCUACAGGCCUGUCUUCAACGACUCUCAGAUUUUGACUUACACAUUAACAAACAGAAGUGUUCAUUUUUUCAAGAACAAAUAGAGUAUCUAGGACGAGUGGUGGAGUUAAACAAAAUAAAGAAAUCUCCUACCAAAGUUCAAGCUGUUAAAGAAAUGUCACGUCCAUCAAAAGUUGAAGAAUUACGACGAUUCUUAGGAAUGGUUUCUUACUACUCUCGUUUCUUUCCAGAUGCUUCAACUGUCACUUUUCCUUUGCGACGUUUGUUACGCAAAAAUAAGAAAUGGGAAUGGACACCGGAAUGUGAAAAGGCUUUUCAACGAAUCAAAACUGAGCUCUGCAGUAACAGGAUACUCGUACCUUUCGAUCCAAAACUACCGUUAGUCCUCACCACAGACGCUUCACCUACUGGACUAGCUGCAGUUCUUAGCCACUUAAUAGAUGGUACUGAGAGGCCAAUUGCUUACGCCUCACGUUCACUCACUGAUGCCGAAUGUAACUAUAGUCAACUAGACCGGGAAGCAUUAGCCAUAGUUUUUGGUGUCUCCCACUUCUAUUAUUACCUAUUCGGGACUCAAUUUCAACUUGUAACAGAUAAUCAGCCCAUAUCUAGGAUCUUCAGACAUGACAAGGCUCUACCACAAAUGACUUCAGCUCGUUUACUCAGAUAUGCAUCAUAUCUGUCAGGUUUCAAUUACAAGUUGGUGUUCAAAAAGGGCAUGGAAAAUAAAAACGUGGAUUGUCUUUCAAGAGCUCCUCUUACACAGACUCACUCUACUAAAGACAAGAAAAUCGGAAAAGAGGUACACCAAAUCUGCAGCCAAGUUAUUUUUCAAAUUUCAAGCCAUGAAAUCACAGCUGAAAUCAUUAAGAACGAGACAGCCAAAGAUCCAGUGCUCUCUAAGAUUUUGAAAGACCUACUCACCAAUUCAACUGAUUCUGAUUUUACGUUGGUCGAAAACUUUAUUUUCCGGGGAGAAAGAGUUUACAUUCCAUCACUACUUAGAAACAAGAUUCUAAAUGAACUUCACGAAAGUCAUCUUGGAAUCACAAAAAUGAAACAGCUAGCACGGCGCUAUGUUUACUGGCCAAAUAUUGACAAGGACAUUGAGCAUCUUGUGAAAGGAUGUGAAAAUUGUGCACUAACACGGUCAAAUCCGCCCAAAGCUCCCAAUCACCCGUGUGAAAUCCCAAAAGAGAACUGGGAAAGAAUACACAUUGACUACGCAGGACCGUUUCAAGGCUUCAACUUCCUCGUGUGUAUUGAUGCUAGAUCAAAAUGGGCAGAGAUAAAAGUAAUCAAAGAUGCACCAUCCAGCUCCAAUACCAUACAUCUGCUUGAACAGAUUUUUGCAACACACGGCUACCCGAAUGUUAUGGUAUCUGACAACGCCUCAAUUUUUCAAAGUGAUACAUUCCAAGCUUAUUGCAAAUUGCAUGGCAUUUUCCAGAAAUUCAUAUCUCCAGGACAUCCAGCAACAAACGGCUUAGCAGAACGCUCUGUUCAAACAUUGAAGAACCGCCUGAAGUCCACAGCUUCAGAAAACAUACCAAUGGCACUAAAGGUCCAGAAGAUCUUAAUGCGGUACCGGGCAACUCCUCUAGCAUGUGGCAAAUCACCGGCUGAACUUUACCUCCACAGGAAGUUAAGAAUACGAAUGGAUGCCAUUUUUCCCAACGUACAAAAAGCUUCAACUAGAAAUGCUCCAUCUGCACGUUCAUUCAACGAGGGGGAGAGAGUUCAGGUUCGUCUCUUCAUAAACAACAAGAACGUUUGGGAGUUUGGAGAAGUAAACAAAAAGUUGGGAACUCGACACUAUCUAGUUUCCCUUGACAAGUCAGGCCGACUUGUUAAACGACACAUUGAUCAAUUGCGGUCUACUUUGAUACCAAAACCAAAAAUUGUUACCGCGGGACCAAUCCACAUAUUUGAUGUUCCACGGGCUUCUAAACACAGCACAAAAGAAAAUUCUAAGGCUGUUACUUGUUCUAAUCCUGAAAGACUGUCAAUUCCUGAAAGACCAUCAACUCCCUUAAGACCAUCAACUCCUGAAAGACCAUCAACUCCCGUAAGACCAUCAACUUCCAAAGGACCAUCAACUUCCGAAGGACCGUCAAUUUCCGAAAGACCACUAACUCCCAAAGCAAACAAUGCAGAGGUUCCAGUAGUUCAGGGAACAGAAACGAACAAUAGCCAUAUUCCUGAGAAUCCUGAGAAGGCGACAAAGUUGUUCUAA